AUGACCGACGCCCCCGAAGGCAGUGCUGAGCACUUUGUGGCCAAUAUCCUUCCCCUAUAUCAAGGCCCUUCCGUCAAACUUCGAGUACAGCCUAGCAACAAGGAAUAUAUGAUUUCCAAAGGUCUUCUCUGCGCGGAAUCGCCGGUCUUCUCGAAAAUGUUCAACGGUGAAUUUCUAGAGUCACAGCAGCAGACGGCCACUCUAGGAGAGACUGAGGACGAUGUCUCGGUGCGCAGCCUUGAAGCACUCAUCCAAUGGCUAUACCAUCGCACUAUCAGUUUUGGGAUAGAAGACCCAGGAGAGCAUAUUUCGGCCGCCAUGGAGCUCGCAAGACUUGCCGACAAGUACGAUAUUAUUGGGCUGGAAAACAUCAUGGCUCAAUACAUCAGGAACAUCUUAAAACGCAACCCUCAUCCAGAUAGUACCAAGUUUCACCGAAAGGUUGAUACCAACACUUUUUAUCUCAUACCUGAGCAUAUUGCCUCGGCAACCUUGUUGCCCCGAGGGCAUCCAGUGCGAAGUGUUCUGGCUGCAGCAUCCGUUGAAGGGUUCCUUCGAAGCAAACGUCACAAAUUCAGCGAAGAGGUUCACGCUUACCCUUCUUUCGGAGUUGACCUUCUCCUAGAGACUAGGCUUGUCCUAUAUAAGGUGGAGGAGUCCCAUCGGACUGGCACUUUUGAAGAUCCUAUCAGCGGACAAAAAUUCGAGCUAAACUCGAACGUAUUUGAGUGGCAGUCAUACGAAUGA